AUGACGCUUUCGAACCCGGGGUUUACGCAUAGGGAGAGACGAUUGCAUCAGAUUAUGUUUGCUGAGAGGGAUUAUGAGAAUGUUGGAAGGGUAGAACAUGAAGAAAAGGAGAAUAGAUGGAGGCCACAGGUUAGUGUGUUGGAUUGUGCUGAGAAGGAUUACACGAUUAUUACUAUGAGGUUUAGGGAUCGACCAAAGCUUUUGUUUAAUAUAAUCUGGACUUUGACUGAUAAGCAAUAUGUUGUGUUUCAUGGAGUAGUUCACACAAGGAAAAUGGAGGCAUAUCAGGUGAAAUGUGCACAAAUUCUGGUGGAAGCAGGAGCUAAAGUGGAUGCAUUAGAUAAAAACAAGAACAUUGCCCUCCAUUACGUAGCUAGUUAUGGAAGAAAAGAAUGUGUAUCCCUCUUGCUAGAUAACGGUGCAGCCAUUACUCUGCAAAACAUGGAUGGGAAAGCACCUAUUAAUGUGGCAAAACUCAACAACCAGAAGAAUGUAUUGAAGUUUCCUGAGAAGGAUGCUUUCCUAUAG